AUUUCUUGUCAAAACACAAAACAAUAAACAACCAGACUCAUGUUGGCCUAAUAAAUAAUUAAUUUCAAUCGUGAAACUGAAACUACGCUAUGAAUGGAUUUAUAGACGGACAUUGUCAUAUAUCAGCGUCAGAGUUUGAUAAGGAUUUUGGAGAGGUGAUAAGAAAAGCAAAAAAGGCUGGAGUUGAAGGGAUAGUGGCUGUGACAGAGUUUAAAGAAGACUUUGAGAAAGUUCUUUCAUUGUCUGAUCAAUAUCCUGGCUUUAUAUUUCCAAGUCUCGGAAUUCAUCCUGUUCAGGUACUUGAAGAUAUUAUACCAAAUUAUAAUGACCAAGUAAAUGGCCAGAGAGCUGCAUGUCUCAGUGACCUAGAGGGCGUUUUAGAUCUAGUUGUCAAGCAUGCGAACAAACUUGUUGCUGUUGGUGAGAUUGGUUUGGAUUUCACUCCCUGGUACUGCAAAUCUAAAGAGCAGAGGGAUGAACAGCGCCAAGUAUUCAUUCAACAAAUUCAAUUAGCCAAGAGAUUGGAUCUACCAGUAAAUGUCCACUCUCGGUCAGCUGGGCGACCAACAGUUAACCUUUUGAAGGAACAGGGUGCAACAAAGGUUCUUCUACAUGCUUUUGAUGGUAAACCUUCAGUAGCAAUGCAAGGUGUUGAAUGUGGAUUUUACUUUUCAGUGCCACCUUCAAUUAUCAGGAGUGAACAGAAACAACGGUUGGUGGCCAAAAUCCCUUUAGAAAACCUGCUCCUAGAGACAGAUGCCCCAGCACUAGGACCAGAGAAAGAGGGAAGAAACGAACCUUCAAAUAUCACCAUCUCCUGUGAAUGGAUUGCAAAAAUCAAGAACAUAACCACUGAUGAAGUCAAAAGACAAACAAGAUUAAAUGCGCUUACACUUUUUCCAAAACUAUCAGCUUUUUUAAAGAGGUGAUUGAGCGGUGGAAUCUCUUGUCAGUCUGAGUGAGAAGGGUUGGGUGCGUUCCUUCUCUAUUCUAGGGGCAGAUCCAAAAUUUUUCAAUCGGGGUCACCAUAUUUUCAGAAUAGUUAAGUUGGGAGCGCUAGAAGCAGUGGCAUAACGAAGGGGUCGGAGUUCCUAUUUAAAAAUAUUGGGUCCAGGGGUCAUAACUCCAGAAUUUUAACCAUUUUAGUAAUAUUUUAGUGAUAAUCUUGUAUUAUGAUAUGUUUGUAUUAGGAAAUAUCAUAGGAGUGAUGUUUUUGCCCUACUAUACUGAUUUUUUUUUUUUUUAGCAGCAGGUUGGGCGGGGGUUGGAUUGGUCUUUGCCAUCUUUUUUAGCCUUGCUCCAUCCGGGAAUAUACGAGGCACUUAGACGACUUGAAUGUUAACUACAAAACAUUAUGGAAUGCUUCCCCAGGGAUCUGUAUUUUCGAUAUUUUGAUUGAUCCAAUGCAAUGAUAAAAAUAUAAAAUCCUGUUUAAUAAAUAAUAAAUAUGGUAAAUAAAAAUCAUAAAUAAUGAAAAAUAGUUAUUAGAAUUAUUUAUUAAAAAAUACACACAAGUGACACAACAUACAUUAUAUAAAAGAUUAUUUUAGUACAGUAUGUAAAAUAAUUCAUAUUAAAGAAAUUGUUUGGUAUACAGUACAGUAUAAUAGUUCAAGCAUGUUUGAAGCUUUCAGUGUUUUUUAUUUUAAUACAUACAGUAGACUACCAUUCAACUUCAUAACAUUUCACAUAAAUUGUUUUAUGGUAAUAUUUCUUGGAAGGUUUACAUGGUGAGUAAAAUAAUACAACUUUUGGUACACCAUGUGUAAGAAUAUGGUUUUUAUUAAAAAAAAAAAAAAAAAAAAAAAAAA